UACACCAUGUCCCACCACAUCACAACCCAUGACGCAACCGGCAAAGCCAUCUUCUCCCACGCCUCAGGGAGCAGAGAAUCGCAUCAAGUCCCCUCGGGCUCGAUUCAAGUCGUCGCCUCUACCCACAACACACCACUCGACCUCUCCAGCGAGGCGGAUAUUGAACAGUACAAGAUCGAUCGCACGCAGUCCCUAUUCCUGAGCUCGCGCGUCAUCACACCAGACAAGGGCACCUCGGCGCUCGUCACGGUCCUCAACCCGGGUGAGGAGUUGCCGAUGCACAGGACCAUGACGUUUGACGUGGUGUAUAUGCUAGAAGGCGUGGUGGAGCUGCACCUCGACUCCGGGGAGAAGCGGGUCGUGCGGGCCGGCGACUCGGUCACGCAGAGAGGGACGAAGCAUAAGUGGGUGAAUGUCACGCCGGACGGCGGGGUAGCGAAGUGGAUUGUCUUUGCGCAGGCUGCCGGGGAUGUUGUUCGCGCUGGAGGGAAGAGUCUCUCCAAUGAGUGGGAUUGAUCGUUUAAUGGUUGAUAAUGGGAAGAAUCAAGACUUCUUUUAAGGAUUGGUCGUGGAGGACUAUUCUAUGCCCUGCGCGACCAGUCUUUAAGGUGUGUGGCUACGUAUAUUGAAAAUAACCUGACUUCAUGGAACGUCGGGGAGGCUGGCAGUCAGUCCUAUCGGGCAGAUCACCAUCCACACACGAUUUACAGCGUGC